GAUGGUUGAGACAAUCAGUCUCCGCUGUUGUAGGGUCUGAUGGUCGAUAAGAAUAAUAAUAGCGUGGAUAUCAGCAGGAUCAAUGGAUCACAAAGGACUCCAUCGUCACACAAUGGCACAAGUUGAACAGGAGUCGCAGAUAGAAGAAUCGGGAUUCAAAGCCUCUUUCUGUGGUGCCAAACAUGUGCUAAAGCCCAUGCUAUGGAAGAUUCUAUUAGUAACUGAGGUGUUCAUCUACAGCUCAUUCACCAUCCUGGCGCACCUGUGUCUGGUGGAGGGGAAACUGCCGUUCAGGUCAUCGUCAGUCAUCCUCUGUACAGAAGUCCUCAAGAUUGUCUUGUCGAUAGCAAUGUUGUUGCCGGAACUGCGGAGAGGUGACAUGACCAUGCCGUCACUGUCCAACUGUCUGCUGUUAAUGGUUCCAGCCGUGCUGUACUGCAUCAACAACAACCUCAGCGUUUACAUGCAGGUGCAGAUGGACCCCACCACCUACCAGAUUUUGGGCAACAUGAAGGUUGCCACAACGGCGGUCCUGUACAGGAUUAUCAUUCAACGCAAGCCGACCGUUGUGCAGUGGAUAUCAAUUGGCCUUCUCAGCAUCUCUGGCAUACUGGACAGCUAUGGUGGUAUGCAGACCGAGGGGGCUGUGCGGUCCGGGGAGAUGCACCUGACUGUGUCCGGUCUGAUCAUGUUGUGCACCUACUGUUGUAUAUCAGGCUUCGCCGGGGUCUACACCGAAUACAUAUUAAAGAAACACUAUCAGACCUCCCUCCACGUUCAAAACACUCUGAUGUACACAUUCGGUAUUGUCCUCAACGGUGGAGCGUGGGCCCUGCAGGAGGCAUGGAGUGGCCAGGGAGAAGAUAGACGUAUGGAUUUAUUCGAGGGUUUCACACUCAAAACAUGGGCUUUGGUAGUUUCUCUGGCCUUCAACGGGCUGAUAAUGUCGGCCAUCAUGAAGCACGGCAGCAACAUCACACGUCUCUUCAUCAUCUCCAGCGCCAUGUUGGUGACGACUCUACUCUCUGUCGCCAUCUUCCAGUUGGCCCUCAACAUGUAUUAUGUCCUGGCAUUUAUCUUGGUCAUAGUGGCCCUGUACAUGUAUCAUAGAUGAUUGUGGAUAAUCAACGAUGUCAUAGAAGGGUGAGUGAGGAAGUUGUCUAAAGAUUAUCUCUGUUUUCUGUGAUAUGUGUAUAUGCGAAGGUGCCCACUGACCUUAGCAUGUGAGGUGUGAUGUCCUGGGUAGGACGUGACAGUGUUUUGACUACGUUUCUUUCAUUAAUUAAAACACAUCU